GCGUACACACUACACGCUCGUGGCGAGUCAGUACCAUUUCGAUCGUUGAGCAGUUCUCACGUUGCCACGCUACACUUUCUAAAGUCUUGUAUUGGGCGGAGUGAUUUCGACACGCUAUACGGUUACGAAAGUUUGCGCGAUGAUAUACAAGUGAGAGCUAACGGCCGGAGGGUAACGCUCAUCGCGCACGGUGAGCUAGUUUAGACCAAAAGACAUUCGAAACUCGCAAGGGACGGGGGGGCGCGACGCCGUCAGACACGCGGGUGCAACAUCCUUACACAUUUAUUGUGAGAGAACUAUAGAAACCAAUUUUUAAUGUGUCAAGUCAGUAUAGCUCAUUGCUGCUACGUCAGAUCGCUUAACGCCUCAAGUAGGAACUACAAGGUUAUGCAAAUGAGUUCUGAACGCUUCUAUACCAGGGGUAAUCAAAAGACCAUUCACAACUUUAAUAAACUUUAACGUACGGUUUCGUAUAGCCUAGUGUCAUAGCCUAUCCUUCUGUUAUCGUUUUGUCACGAUCGCUAAUUGCUAAUUACCGAGGAGUGUGAUAAGGCGCUUGUGUUAAGUGUUCGGCGAGCGACAAGCGGCAAUUAUGGCGAGCCCUCAGGAGGAGACCCUGCUUGCGCGCUGCGAAAUUCCCAUUAUUGACUUAGCACACAUAGGAACGGAAAUAUGUCCUAUGAAAUCAGUGGUACGUCGCAUUGGCCAGCAACUGUUUGCCGCCCUUAGUACUAAGGGCCUAGCAUUGCUUGUCAACCACGGCAUCGCUGAGGAGAAGCUAAAAGCAGUGUAUGCUGAUUUAGAUAACUUCUGCGCUCUACCAGAAGGAUGUCAAGCUCAGUACUUACGCAAUCCUGUCAACAAGCACGGUUACGUUCGUCCGGGAACCGAACAAUUCGAUGAAACUAAAAAGGAAUUACGUCACUCGUUCAACAUCACGACUCUGUCUGCCGCCGCGAUGCCUGCGCAGGAGGAGGUGCCAGACUUCCCCUCUCACACCUUUCCCCUCGCACACGACCUCACCAACCUGUCUAGAGUGUUGCUACAGGCCUUGGCUUCUGUUUUCGGUCUUCCACCAUCCGCUUUGUUGGCCUCUCACUCGGGUAUGCUGCAGAGCGAUGGACGCAACCCCUCAUGCAUGCAGCUUCUCUACUAUCCCCCAGUGCCCCCUGAAGAUAAGGGACCGUGCUGUCAUGAUGCUAUCGCCUACACCCGUUGUGGAGCGCAUAGCGACAGAUGUACUUUCACUCUGGUAGCACAGGAUUCAGAAGGAGGACUCGAGGUAAAAUUGAAUGGAAGUGAGAAAUGGCAAGCUGUCGGACAUCUUCCUGGAGCCAUUCUUGUUCAGACUGGUGAACUACUCGGUAACUGGACUACAAAUUUGCUUCCGCCUUUGAUGCACCGCGUUGAGGUACCAUCUGGAAUGUACGCUCGAGCCCGCGGCCGCCAUUGCGUUGCGUUCUUCUGUCAUCCCGACAAGGAUGCGACAGUUCCCCCACUAAACAUUCCUCUUGCCCCGACUCCACCAGUUUGUGCUCCACCGCACAUUUCGCUCCACCAUCGUCUUCUAAACGCCGCUCAUCACAUACAAAAACGCUUUAGGGAAACGUACGCAUGACUAGCACGGAAUAGUGGAAAGAGUGCGUCAAGAAAAACCUUUGGUUAACUCUAACUGUUUUUGAUUUGCGCAAGUACUAGAAUUAAAUAAAGCUUUUAACGGAUAUAAACGUAAAUUUUACAUUUUUUAUUAUUUACUAUCGUUUUGUGCUUUUCAGCAAUCAUACACACAUUGACUGUAACAAAGUGUCGUAUAAAAUUAGCGUUUAUAUUUAUUUCUUUAAGAUUUAAAAAAAAUAUUUGCAUGUGUAUUAUUCAAAAUAUAUUACUGAGAUACGGCUGAAAAAUAAUAAAUAAACACCGAGCUACGCUUUCUAUAAAAAGCGCGACUUAGCAAUAAUUUAAAUUUUUACCUUGAACAUAUUAUUCAGUAAAACCGUUAUAAUUUAACUAAAUUUCAUGUCUUAACAAUGUUAAAUUAACCAAAGGAUAAUACAAGCCGAAUUUAUUCCCGAAUUUGAAGACGUACGUGCCGUCUUCAUUAGCGCAAUUUUUCCACUAUUACCGAUGCGUGUAAUAUCUGUUAAGGAGUUUUACGUGUUACAUACUUUAUAAUAGAAAAGGAGCUGUUUCUCAGGGAAUCAUCGAUAUUACCAUCGGAAACUGUCAUUUGCGAUAUCUAUGUUGACAGGUAUGUGUGGUAGGUAAAUGUUAAAAGAAUACAAACAAAAAUAAAACUUUAUUUUUAAUAUUUGACGCAUGACUUGGAAAUAUGUCAACGUGACAGUUGCAAUUUAAUGUUACUGAUGGGCAAUACAACAUAGUUAUAUUACACCUGGGUCCAAUAUCAAAUUUACAACUAUGACUACCAGGUGUAGAUUUUACUACAGAAUGUUAAUUUAUAAUAGUAAUGUGAGUUAAUACACGAUGCUGUUAUAUCAAUCAGAUAAAUAGCGUCCUGUCACUAUAAACAAGAAAGAUGCACAGACUACUUACAUUAUACUAAAUGGCACAGACUAUAUUGUAUUGUUUUUUUUGCUAUUCUUUCAAUAAUUAGCAAAAAGUAUUUGCUUUUCUUUAAAAUAUGAUUUGUGAAUGGCUGGUAUUUGAAUACAGAACGCAAGAGUAUUUUCUACAGUUGAAAUUUACGCAAUUGGUACGUACAAGUAUUAUUUUGUACUUACUUUGCUGUAAUGGUAGUCUCAUGUGGCAUUUUCCGUACUUAGAUUUACUUAUAAGCGAAAUGGCUCCGUAGUUAGUAGCAUUUAUUACUUGCCUAAAUUACAAUUAGGAUUGUGUUUAUCAUUCUCAACAUUAUUACGAGUGUAAGCUAUGUGUACUUAUUCUAAUUAUGUAUGGUGUUAUUUUUUAACGCGUUUUUAUAAGCUGUCUUACAAAAAAUAAUACUUAAUCUUUAAUUAUUAAAACACAAAAAUCGACGUAAGAAAAAAAUCGUUUUUGAAAUAACACCAUAAAAUCUUGUAUGUUGAUUAGUAGGGGGUUUUAAUAUAACGUUUUUUGACUUGUCUAUUUUUAUUGUAAGCUAGCAAUUAGCGACGUGAUUUAUUAUCUAUAUUUAAAUCUCUGUGUUUCACGUGUUCUUGCUUCAGCAUUUUUCUUUUUAUAUAUACUUUAUAUUUAUUUACUACUAGUAUUUUUAUCUAGCAAUGUAUGAUUAAUGUAGCUCAAUUUGCACUUAGCUUCAUAAAAUAGUUCAAUACAGAUAUACAAGGUUCUUUUGGCACUGAGAUAGACGAUGGUGGUAAAGUAAGCGAAAUGUAAGUUCGCCGGUUCCUGGCGCCUUAGGGUAAAAUUCAACGAGUCUUAGCUCCCACAAGCUGAGCUGACUCCCAUACGUCACAAAUGUAUUAGAUUUUGACAUACCGAAGUUAUGUCAAGUCGUUAGCCCGAAGACCCGUUUCUGAAUCUCCCCUAGACUUAUUAUCGCCAAUCAUUUUGAAAAAUAACAUGUUUCGCGUGCCCAAAAACUUGUAUAUCUUUAGUUACAAAAAGUUGACAACAAAAUUUAAUGUAAAAUCUACUUGCACUGCCAAACGUACUUAAGAAUGUUUAAAUUUUAAGCCACUUAAAUCGUAUGCUGGGAAAUAUGUUAUCCUUACAAGUAGAAUUAAUUCUUCAUUAUUUUCACCAUAAAUGGCCACAGGAUAAUUUCGUUGCACAAGUGCUUUGUUUAGCUUUUUUUUGGAGUUUUUUUAAUCCACUUAAACCGUUGAUAUUCGGUCAUAUGCGUAAUUUAUGGACCAAUGACAUACCUCUGUAGGUACAAUACUAUAUACUUAAUUGAAAUAAUCGAAAGUUUUUGAAAUUGUAUUUUAUUCAAUAAACGAUUAGAACAAAAAGUC